CUGCCCUGCCAACUUAGGCUUGGUAUCUAACUGCCUAUGAUAAUAAAGUAUUUAACUAUUUAUAGUUGUUUUAACCAAACUCAGUGAGUUUUUACAAUUUAUUGUUUUAACAUGGUGGAUUUUUAACUUGGUGAAUUCCUACACUUUUUAUUGCAUGCGUUUAACUCCAUUUUAACCCCAUGCUUUGGCUGCAUAUUAACAGCAGUACUAGCGCUCCAUUUAUGGUCCCAUCUCAACGCUCCCCACCACUAGCCUGUGUAAGCACGUUGCCUCCCCAUUCAUCUCUAACCCGAUCCUUCUCCGUUUCUCUACGAAGCAACGGCGAACAAAAUUCUCGUCGUAAACGAAGCGGUUUAUUCACUCGUCGUAGCAACACAUUAACCUCGGCAUCAACUUCAUCUCUUCGAUCUUCCUCCACCUCUUCCAUGAUGGAGGUGAAGACACCAUCACCAUCCAGGUUCCUCACUAUGUACCACGCUGUGAGGAAGGGAAUCAGUGAGCAUGUAUCAGUAAACACAGCUGAGCUAAAUGUAUUGCAAGUAAAGCAGCGAGAAACCGGUAAUUUUAAUGCAGCACAAAGCUAUGGUGCAGACAAGCAAAUCAAGCACUUAGAGAGAGUUAUAAAAAAGCUACAAUAUUUACAAACACAAAUUGAUGAAAUACAUGAAGCUUAUACAUUACAACAAAGAUAUAGAGAAGGUAGGAUGAAUACCAACUUACAAUAUAGUGGACAUCUCUGUGUUUUGGAUUUUUAUAAUGAAUAACUAGGCUCCAUGGUG